ACGGAGGAUGCUGAGCAGCCAUGGUCCCCUUUGCCACCGCCCUGGCACUGUGCCUGGCACUGCUCCUUGCCUGCCCGACGCGCGGUGAGGAGCUGGCCAGCCCCCAGCACGUGCGCUUCGCCGCGGAGGUGGCACGGCACCUGCUGAGGUGGGAGCCGGGGCACGACUCCCCAGGCAGCGCCCGCUAUGACGUGGAGUACAAAGUCUAUGGCUCAAAAGUCAACUGGACAGCCAUCCCAGAGUGCGGGAAGACCUCAGAGCACUUCUGUGACCUCACCUACUACACCCUGGACUCUGAGCGGCGCUACUAUGCGCAGGUCAGAGCCGUGUCUGGGAACCGCACGUCCCCCUGGCAAAGGACCAACGCCUUCUCCCCACAGGAAGCCGGCCUGCGCCUGGCGAGCAAGAGCCUCUCCGUGAGGGGCAACUCCAUCCAGGUGCGGCUGCAGCUGCUCCUCCGCUCCGGGAACAUCACCGUGGAGUACAGUGACUUCCAGAAGGAAAUGACCCAGUACCACGUGCACGUCAGGAGGACACAGGACAACCACACGUUCAGAGUGCUGGAGAGGAGUGCAGAGUUCACCAUCAGUGACCUGUUCUCGGUGACAGAGUACUGCGUGAGCGUGGAGCCCAGCAUGGCCAACAGGCCCGUCCCCGCCACGCGCACCGACGAGCAGUGCGUCACCACCGGCCACAGGGACGGGAGCGCAGAGCUUCUCUCGGGCAUCCUCAGCUCCUCCUUCAUCAUCCUGUUGCUGCUGGGCCUCCUGGGGGCUCUGCUGGCACGCACCUACAUAAGGAAACCUGUGAGGACGCCGUCUGCCCUGAAGUCCUUCAUGAAGCAGAGCUCGCUCUGGGUGGAGCAUGAGCCCCCAUCCUCAGGCAGCCUGGACGCAGACCCCAUCCAGCAGCUCUUCCUGGGCCAGAAGGAGCCCCAGCCGGACAGCAGCCCUGACGGCAGCACCAGCACAGCUGAGCUGUCCCUGGAGCAGGGCUGGAAGCUCCCAGCAUGGCCCAAGGACCAGCUGGGGCCCACAGGGAGCAGAGACAGCAGCGGCACCAGCACCGACAGCGGCAUCUGCCUGCACAUCCCCUCCUCCUCCUCCUCCCUGAGCUGCUCCGCAGGCCCCGAGCCCCAGGGCUACAGGCAGCAGCUGCCCACUGCUGAGGACAGUGGGGUGGGCUUGGAGAGCCCCUGCCCUGCUCCUGGCUGCUCCUCUGGCAGCGGGAAUGCCAGCCCAGGGGAGCCCGGGCUCUCGCCCACCAUCCAGGAAGACGUGGAGUUCCGGGGGUACCUGCAGCAGUCCAAGGGCACCGUGCAGCCAGAGCAGGCCCUGGACAAGGGAAUGCCCCUCCUGGGCUGUGCAGGGUCCGUGCAGGGCCUGGGCAGCACCGACACCGUGCUGGACAUUGAGUGCUCCGAGCUGGCCGUGUCCAAAGGGUAUUUGAAGCAGUCGUCUCCCGAGCAUCCCCUCACGCAGGACCUCGCUCCGUGGGGAGCCCCUGCCUGGGACUUCUCCAGCCAGAUGGGGCCCCAAGGCCCCACUCUGCUGAGCUGGGCGGCUCCAGGUGCUCCAUUGACCUCCAAAGCCAGCCCUGAGCUCCUGAAAUCUCCCUUCGACCUGAGCAUCUUUGACAACACUGCCUUCCUGGGGACGCUGCCGCUCGUCUCCAGCCUCAGCUCCGACUGGAUCACGCUGCCCAUCAAGCCCCUGACCCGGCUCAGUGGGGACAGCAAGGACAGCCGCCUGUGACCCGUCCUGGGGGCCACCAGCCCUGAACACUGACCCAACUACCUCGUCUGCCACUGGAUAAGCUACCGCCAACCCCUGAAUGUUCACGGUGCCGAGCCCAGACGUGGCCCAGGAGCACCAGCUCGCCCUUGGUGGGGCUGCUUUGGCCCUGGUCCUGCUGUGGGCAGCCCCCAGUGCGUCCCUCCAGCCAGUCCAGCUAAUGGGAACAGGGAUGGGCUGUGCUGGAGGGGCUCAUCCCGACCUCCUUGGGCCACCAAGGAUGCACACCAGGGCACCUCUGCCUUGUCUGCCCUCAGCAACCCAGCACGGGGCGCAGGGCCACUCUCAGGGCCUGGGGCAGUCCUGUGCUUCCACUUCCCCCUUUCCUGGGCCAGCACUGGGCUCCUCCUGCUGAUGUCCACACUUCUGAUGCCAUCCUGGACUUUCACAACACGGACACCAAAAACAGACGUCAGCCUGACAUCAGCACCCUGCCUGACCUCUCAUGGAUGGACCGAGGGACUUUUCUGACCCUACAGAGAACCUUCAGCAUCCAGCCCCUCUGGGAGAGCCCCAGAACAGGAUACGGGAUGCACCUACAAGCCCAGCACGAGCCAGGGCAGUCCUACCCACACUAUGGUCUGUGUUCUGCCACUGUUGGACACAGACAUUAUUUAUUGCAUUUCACUUGUAAAUACAGAAAGGAUAUGAUGCUA